AUGAGAGUUUUUACCUCUGAUCUGUUCAUUGUGUAUCACUCGGAAGCAGUGAUCCGACUCCUUCUUAAUGAAGCUCCUUUGGUAGAUCCUAAAACAAUAAAAGAUGAUGAACUUAAGAAUAAAGUGAGCAGUUUUCUAGACUAUCAAGCUCAGCUAGCAAGCACUUAUUCAUCAAUACAGUCAACUGAUGCCAUUUUGGCGGAAAAGGAUGAUAAAAUUAACCUAUUGGAAAAACGUAUAAACGAGUUGGAAAUAAAGGACAAGAUUAUCAAAUUGGAUGCAAUCACCAAUACUCAAGUGGAUACUGAUAACGCGGAAGUACAGUUUACUUCAGAGGAGUUAGUGAACAAUGAACACCCUGAGGAUAAAUCAAAACAAACCAAUGAAGACAGUCUACGGAUAAAUCAAAGGUUGAAUUCUCUUUUAUCAGAAAAUGAAUCUUUAAAAACAGAAUUGUUGUCAACAAAACGUGAGCUGAACAACUAUCAAACAAAGCUGUCAGAUACAACUGAAAUGAAAACAAGUGAAAUAAACAAACUAGAAACAGAAUUAGCAAAUCGUUCCACGUGUAUAUCGAUUCUUGAAAGACAAAUUCAAGAAUUAAAGCUGACUAAUAAAAAACUCUCUGAAGAUCUGUCUGUUAUACAGUAUACUAAAGACAACCUACAAACGGAUCUAACAACACUAAAAAAUGAUUUUGAAAUAAAACGAAAACAAUCGGAAAAUGAAAUUAGCCGUUUAACUAAUGAAGUAACAGAAUUACAGAAGACGAAUAAGGCACUUCAAGAAAACUGUGAUCAUCUAAAACUUCAAGCUGAUGAAGCGGUAAAAUCAAAUGGAAUGUCAGAAGAAAAGUUAAUUAGUUUAGAAAAGGAGCUUAAAGUUGUCCGUGCGGAUUUACAGACAGAAUCAGCUUUGUCCAAGAAGGAAAUUGAUUCGUUAAUGGAAAAGUUGAUUAACGCUGAGGAUGUUAGUUCAAGUCUUCGAAGUGAAUUGAAUUCAAAAGCUAAAGAAAUCAAAGAGCUACAGACUGCUGUGAUUGAAUUAGGCCGAGAAAAUCAAACUCUUCAGGUUUUACGAGAGCGCUUAACAAAUCGUCAAUGGACUAAAGAUGAUGAAGCUAUGACGUGUUUUGGUUGUGAUCGAGAAUUCUCUAUCAGUACAAGAAGGCAUCAUUGCAGGAACUGUGGCGGCAUAUUCUGUCAGACCUGUUCAUCUAAUCGUGCGGCUACAACAUUUAGUAAAGAUCCAGUUCGUGUAUGUCAGGCUUGUUAUAAAGAGUUGACUGGUAAUUUGUGA